UAGAGAGAGAGAAAGGUAAAGGAAAGUUAAAGAGCAAAUCAAAUGAUGAAUGUGGGUUGCAGGUCAUGAUCAAAGACCUAUAUGUAUCUUUCUUGUAUUUCUGAGGAGAGAGAGAGAGAGAUGAUCAGUAUAGUACUCUCUGUCUUCCUUCCUUCCUCCUAGGUUUGGUUUCAUGGCGUGCUCUUUCUUGUUGGGUUAUUAAGAGUACACUUCCCACAAACACCAAAAACCCUCUUCCUGCUCCUCACCCACCUCCUCGUAUCCAUAUUUCUUCCACCCUUUUCACACUUUAAACAUCCAUAUAUACCAAUCUUGUUCUCUCUCAAUCUCUCUCUCUCUCUCACACACACACAUACAGAUGAAUAAGCAACAAAGAUUCCAGCUUUUGAGCUCAAAAGAUCACACACACAAAAGGGAGACAUGCUCUUGUUUUGAUUAAUUGAUUUUCUGCUUUCUUGAUUGAUGGGGGUUGAAUCUUGAUUGACUUUUCUAGAUAGGAACAAGAAGAUCAUCUUCAUAUACAUAUAUAUAUAUUGUAUGGCUGGUCCCAGUAUUGAGAAACCAAGGGAAAUGAUCGCAUCCACUGGAUACUGCUACUCCGGUGCUUCUUCAAGUCAUCAUCUGGUGACCCAGUUGCAAAGCUUUGACCCGAACCCGGAGAUCUACAACAUGAGUACUGCAGGCAUGGGGGGGAUGAUAGGGUUUCCAUCAAAGACGACCCUGCAUCAAGAAAACGGGUCGGGUUUAUGGAAGGGGUUCUUCGGCGGCAAACCCUUCGGCGGCAACCCCGCCGGUCAUCAUUCAUCAUCUUCCAAGGAAAUCAACGAGCCCACAUCGAGUGAGUUCCAUCACCACGAUUUCAGCAAGCAGCAGCACGACUUAACAACAGCCGUUUCUGACACUACCAACGAGACCCUGAUGGUCUCGCCCGAUUCUUCAUACCACCACAACAGAUUGCUAGCGGAGAUGGAUCCGUCUUUGAGGUCAUGUGUUUUCCCUUUUGAAGGAAAUGAAAGGCCGAGCCAAGGCCUUUCACUCUCUCUGAGCUCAUCGAAUCCUUCAAGCAUAGGACUACAGUCUUUUGAGUUCAGACAACAACAUGAGGAUUUGAGAUUCGGGCCGUCGAGUUCCAGGUCUGUGAAUGUUCAAGGACAGCAGCAUCAGUCUCAGGUUGUGAGGAAUUCGAAGUACUUGGGCCCUGCUCAGGAGCUUCUGAAUGAGUUCUGUAAUCUUGGAACAAAGGAAACUGACAAGUCCUCCUCCAAGAUUAAGGUUCAGAAGAUGAGUGGUGAAUGGCAGGACGAGGAUGCUGUCAAAAAGCAGUCUCUUUACUCCCUUGACCUUCUUGAAUUGCAGAGAAGAAAAACCAAGUUGCUUCAAAUGCUAGAAGAAGUGGAUAAAAGGUACAAACACUACUGUGAUCAGAUGAAGGCUGUGGUGUCAUCCUUUGAAGCAGUAGCUGGAAAUGGAGCAGCAACAGUGUAUUCUGCCAUGGCUUCCAGGGCCAUGUCAAAGCAUUUCAGGUGCUUGAGAGAUGGGAUUUUGAGCCAAAUUAGGGCCACAAAGAAGGCUAUGGGGGAUAAAGACACUUCCACACCAGGAACAAUGAAAGGGGAGACUCCAAGACUUAGAAUUCUUGAUCAAACACUUAGGCAACAAAGGGCUCUCCAGCAAAUGAGCAUGAUGGAGAGCCAUCCAUGGAGACCGCAACGAGGCCUACCGGAGAGAUCCGUCUCCGUUCUCCGUGCUUGGCUUUUCGAGCACUUUCUCCACCCGUAUCCAAGUGAUGUAGAUAAACAUAUUUUAGCCCGCCAAACAGGCCUCUCAAGAAGCCAGGUCUCCAACUGGUUUAUCAAUGCGAGAGUCAGGCUAUGGAAACCCAUGGUGGAGGAGAUGUAUUUAGAAGAGCAAAAAGAGGAGGAAGGCAUCGGAGACGGCGCCUCCGCCGCCGCCAAUCUUGAUGACAAUCAUCAUGAUCAUCAUGGGCUGACGAUUCAGAAUCCUUCAAGAACCAAAGAUCAAAAGCCGGCCCACGAUCAACUGGUCAGAAUAGAUUCCGAGUGUCUUUCUUCCAUAAUCAACAACACAGACAAAAACGCUUCCAAGAAUAAGAGCAAGGCUGCAGCCCUUCAGAAUCAUGAACAGCAGAAUCAUCCCUGCAGUUUUGGUAGACCCGGAGACUCAUAUAGUGCCAUGGAACUCGACUUCUCUUCAUACACCCACCACCACUCCUCCGCCGGCGGCGGACCCACCAACUACGGCGGUGGAGGGGUGUCAUUGACACUGGGGUUGCAUCAGCACGGCGGCGGUGGUGGCGUGAGCUUGCCGUUCUCUCCAGUAUCAGUACAAAGCUCACUGUUCUACCCUAGAGACCACAUGGAAGAUUGCCAGACAGUUCAGUACUCACUCUUGGACAGUGAAAACCAGAAUUUACCGUACAGGAAUUUAAUGGGCGCACAGCUGCUUCAUGAUCUGGCUGGAUAGUUCAAUUUCGAGCAAUUCUUGUUUUGUCGGUGAAGUUAAAAAUUUGCGGGGAGUUGUCAAGAAAGAUUAAACCUAUGUAUUAUUACAUGAAGUAUACGUAAAUUACUAGGAAUGGAAAGAAUUUUAUCUGCAGUUAAAUCGUGUUAGGUACAUACAAUUAAUGAAAGCUCAUUUGCUUAUAUGGCUGCAACUAGCUAGUCUUGAUUAAUAAUUGCUCUUUUCUCUUUCUUUCAUUUUUCUUUUUAAUAGUAGAAAAGCUAAUUACUCUUGAUUAGUCAA